CCGAAUUUAAAAUCACCACGGUGAUGUAUAUGCAGCAUAUAAAUUAAAUGACAGUAUUGGUCACUCCGUCAGAAUUCGCUUAGAUGUUGUAAGGAAUUCGUCAAGUUAAGAAAUGGUUUGGGAAAUAAGUUUUGCACUGGGUAUUAGUUGUCUACUUAUUGGUGUGUCAGGACAUGGUCGUAUGAUAGAACCACCACAGAGAUCGAGUCUUUGGCGAGUGUAUCCAGGACAGGGGUUCGAACCGAACUACAAUGACAAUGAAUUGUUUUGUGGAGGAUUGUCUAGACAAUAUUACCAAAACGACGGUAAAUGUGGCACAUGUGGCGAUCCAUAUGACGGAGAGCGUAAAAAUGAGGCCGGUGGAAUAUACGCUACAGGUUUUAUUGCCAGAAGAUACGAGAAAGGUCAAGACAUCGAGGUCGAGAUUCAACUGACAGCCAACCAUCUUGGAUCUUUCGUGUUUAAGAUUUGUGCCAAUAACGAUGUUACCACUCAAGUCUCACAGGAAUGUUUAGACCAGAAUGUCUUAGAGCUAGCAGGACAACCUGGUGUAACUCGGUACGAACCAGGCAGUGUUAUAGGAUCACAUUACGUCAAACUGGCACUUCCGGCGGAUAUGACAUGUGAACAGUGCGUUCUGCAAUGGCAUUAUACUGCAGGAAAUAAUCACAAUGGACCUCAGGAAACGUUUAUCAACUGUGCUGAUGUAGCCAUUGACGAUGAUGAUAAUCCUAUCAAUCCACCACCAGUUACUUCCAGGUCAACAACCACCACCACAAAAUCAACAACCCAGAGACCACUAACAACCACAAAAAGACCAAUAACGACUAAACCAACAACUACAUCGGCUCCGUCUACAAGCAGACCGACAACUAAAGCGCCGUCUUCCGGUCAUGAGACUGCAUGUAAAGCAGACGAAGUAAUUGAUUGUAUUGGAGUUGGUGUUUAUGCUGGUAUAGGCUAUGAACGGUGGUGCAAUACCUACUGUGGCGAUCAACUUGCUGCAUGUUCUCCUGAUCUAUGCCAGUGUAGCUGUAUACCGAAGGCCACGUGUAGAGCAAUUGGUGGGUAUGAGACCAUACCUGGUAUGGACAAGUAUUGUGAAGAUGCAUGUCAAUAUGGUUGUAACCAUCUCAGUUCUAUGUGCUCCUGUGACUAGCUUAACAUCGUGGAUAAAACAUUAUCAUUAUGAUAACCUUUUUUUCUGAAAGGGGAAAUGAUCAAUAAACAGGAAAUUAAAAUAUUGCAAUUUCAAAGGUAGUGGUGAAGUACUCACUCCAUCACUUGAAUCUAUGUAUCGCCUUUUUUACUUACAAAAUAUAAAUUCAUUUUGAAAGAA